UAUCGCGAUGGUAGAGAAAAGAUGUAUCAAGUGAAAUUCUCCUAGGGGUUGGAUUGUCCAUCUACGUCGAUCUUGAACAUGUUCUGCCUAUCUAGCCUCCUACCCCGCCACCUUCCUUUAUCGCAUCCUCCACGUCCUCUCUGUGAAUAUGGGAGACCGAUUCAUUCGCGAAUUGAGUGACUCUCUGGCAUCCACAGACCCGGAUCAUCAAACUGUAGGAUCCAAUGAACAACUGGCGCAACAAGUACUGUCUGACUUUUCUCCUACAUCCUAUAACCCUAAGACCAAAACAGUCUUACAAGCGUUCUUGGACCAUCUCCCGAUUUCGGGGAAACAUGUCCUCGGUCGUUACAUCUCUGUAAACCAGGAUGCAGCAGUUCUCACUGAACCGAGUGAUCACCUUUGUGGUGCUAUCCUGGCUCCCAUGAGGGCUGCAGGUAAUAAGACGCCCGCAGUAACACCAAGUCCCUUUGGAGAUAUCGGUAAUAUCGCACAGGAAGAUACAGAUUUGGCUACCCGUAAAGAGCAAGGUCGACUGAAAGAACUCUGUCUCAAGAGACAAUUUCCAUUGUGCAAUUAUGGCGCCUAUGCUGGUGAAUGUCGCGAUAGAUUUCCUGUCACUGAUGAUGCCUUCGAGGAACGUUGUAUUCCUACUAAUGCAUCUCAUAUUAUCCCAUUUGCAUUGGGAAAGUUCAAUAAUCGUGUACAAGGAAACUACGAUUUUCACCAUCAUCUGGACCUCGCUUUUUUCAUUAUUCCCGGACCUAAACAGUAUCAUGAGGCCGGAUUUGAUUAACGAGCCACGUACCUAACAUGAUUACGAUGUCGCAGGACCUAAACACUGAAUUCGGGAAACUGGCAUUCGCUUUGGAGAGCACGGUUAGUGUAAACCUGAAACUAUUUUACUGGUAAUUAUACUUAUAAAUU